AUGUCAAAAUUAUUUGCCGCUAUUGCUUUAAUUUGCAUUUUACUUAAUAAUUCUGUAGCACAAAUUACUUAUCAUACAGAUCCAAAUACAAAUUCAUAUUUAGUUAAAACACCAGGAUCAACUCAAACUUUUACUAAAUAUUUUGGUGGACAAAAUGGUGCCCUUCUAGCAGCUCAAACACAAUCACAUCAAAAUCCACAGCAAUUAUUGACACAACCGAGUCAACAUCAUACACAGUACACCACAACACCACAACAUUAUUAUUCACAACAGCAACAGCAACCACAACAACAACAGCAAUAUGAUUAUCAACAGGCAUAUAGAGCAGCACUAUUAGCGCAACAUCAACAACAACAACAAGCUACUGCUGCAAGUCAUCAAUAUAGUCAAUAUGCUGAUCCACAAGAAUCUGCAUAUUCAAAUGCUGCUCAACUACAACAACAAUAUCAACAGCAACAAUAUGCUUUACAGCAAGCUACAUUAGCACAACAACAAGCAGCUGCAUCACAACAAGUAUCACAUCAAGUUCCAGCACCGCAUCAUUCACAACAACAGCAAGAUCAACAACAGCAGCCAUCACAAACCCAGCAUUUAUUAGGCGUUCAAUAUUCACCAUCAACACAAGUUUCGACUGUUAAAUUUUCGAAUGGUGGCGGUUUAGCUUAUAAUUUUUAA